AUGGAAAACUCCGUUACUCCGAUUUCUUCGUCCGUGGGCGAGAGCGAAUUGAAUAGGGUGGGCGAUCACCUGAACCACGUCGAGGCCAAUGAAGAGGCCAUGGCCAAGAAGCAGCGCAGGAAGCUUCAAAACCGGAAGAACCAAAGAGCACACCGUGAGUUUUUCGUCAAUGCUUCAGCCCAUUCCGAGCUCAUAAAAUUUAAAGGACUGCGGAUUAAGGGACAAGACCCGGGGCCUAUUCAGACGUCGCGCCCGUUCCAAGUCAGGCGCUGGCGCCUUGACGAACCCAAUAACUGUCCCUCACAAGACGCCUCAUCAGCAUUGAAAUGCACAACCGCUAUGCAAAUAUCCUCUAGGCCACCUCCCACUCAAGACAGUACAUCGAGGUUCACACCUGAACGUACUUAUGUCCUUCGAGGACCACCGCCCAACGCCGCGGUCCAUACUCAGACGUCCCUCACCCCCCCGUCCUUCAUUUUCCCCCUUUCUGCGGAUCACCUCCUUCAUCUUGUCCAGUAUAAUGUCUUUCGCGCCUUCGUAUCGAAUAAGCGCACGCUCAACACCCUUCUCACGGGCUGGACUGAUAACCCUCCUUCCCCAACUACAUGUCCCAUCAGCGGUCCUUACCGUGACGACACAACCGUCUACCCCCUCAACCCCAAUAUUCCUCUUUCUCUCGUCCCUACCCGCCUCCAGCAGACCCGCUUACACUCCUUGUGGAUCAACCUCUUUCCCUUCCCCUGCGUCCGUGACAAUCUAAUAAGGCACGAAGGAAAUUUCGAUCACUGGGAGCUGCUACAAGAUCUCAUCGGUGAGCUUAUGAGUGCCACGCCAGUCCAAAAGCGACGAGGCACACCCGUCACUAUCACCGUUUCCGACCCCAAACCUAUGUCGACCCUGCCCCUCACAGCAGGAAGUGACGAGGACGAGGUCACUGCGGGCCGCAAGGGACUUAUUGUUUGGGGCGAACCGCAUGACAUGCGGAGCUGGGAGGCUACCCCGGGUUUCUUGCGAAGUGGUCAUGGGCAGUGGAGGGAUGCGAUGAGUUAG